GGAAGUCGAAGCUUGGAGCUGGGGAGAAAUUUUUGGUUUAAAACCGCAAGCCAAUCUGUGUGGGGCGGCUGCCAAGAUGGGCCGGGUUGGGGACGAGGGAAAGGGUCAACCCCACCUGGAUUUGCACCAGGUUUCGGCUCCGCCGCAGCACUGCCAGCUGCCCGCUCACCCAUGCAUCAAUCGAAGCAUUGAGUCUUCUCGCUCAACUCGUUUAGUUGCAUGUUAGUCGUUCAGCUGCCUCAUCUGUGCACGAGAGGUAAACAGUCCGCGGCCGGCGGUGGCGAGUCCUUAUCGAUAAGGCAUCCCAUUCAUUGACAUCCCCCCGUCCCGACCACACCCGUCUCAAUCGUCAUCACCUCCCUCCUCCCAGAACAUCGAAACAUCGACAUAAUCAUCAUCGGAUUUUUCGUCAUCUUGAAGACUUGAAGUGAGAGAACAAAAACCUCACUCAAUCUUGAUACAACCACGCAAAAUGUCCCCCGCCGUGGGAGGCAUGUGGGCUACCGCCGCCCUGCGUGUUCUCGGCAAGAAUCUGGCUCGCACGUCCAAGAUGCUUCGCUCGAAGCUCGCCGCCGCCGCGACACGUUCAUCGAAUCCAGUUCAACAACUCCAGCCAAUUGCCGUACGUAGUGGUGUCAAUAGCAGCCGCCAACCCAUUCAUCCCAGCGCAUGGCUUCGCCAGCAGAAGAGCGGCCGAAGUGGUGCAAAGUGGCACUCAACCUACACCAGCAUUAAUGCCACUGUCCGUCGCUACAUCAGCAAUACCGCCGGGAGACAAUCCUCUUCUUCCGGUGGUCAAUCUCGCUUUGACCGGUCCAAGCUCCCGGUCUCAAACAUCUCCCGGGCCGUAGCUGCGUCGCCCGGCCGGGCUCCUUUCGCCUCCACCCUCCGACCGAAUCUCACCGGAGGCGCCCUCCCCCGUACUGCAGGCGGCUACUCCUUCUCCGGGGCCGGCCGUGCCGGUGGCAAGCGGUACUUCAGCCACACACCCGCCGCCCCGGCUCAACUAGUCCAGAACGUGAGCCAAGCCGUCCGCGCCUUCUGGCUUUCUGGUCAGAGGGCUCACUUCGACGGAUACUCGGCCGACGGCCGGAAGCUGUACCGGGCCGUUGGCGUGGACGAGGAGAAGGCACGUAAUAAGCUCGCCGUUGCGCCGCACGCUCCGGGCUCGUUCAUCGACUUCCACAUCAGCCCCUCCAUUACGGCCCUCAGCCCCUUGGGCGCCAUGAUUCCCUCUUCCCAGAGCGUCAAGGCCGAGAUUCAGACCGCUGGCGCCACCCUUCUUGCCGACAAUUUUCUCGAUGUCCUCUCAGUGGACUUCGCCCGCACGCUGAAGGAUCUCGCAGCCGUCAUGGCAGAUUUGAAGGCCCUCGCUCGGCUGGGUGACUUGCCCAUCUCUCUGGAGCGGGCCGACCUGCUGAGGGUCCGGUUCCCGGGCGUAGAUGCCGAAACGGUUGAGCGGCUGUGCGAUGAUGUUGGUGUUCAGCGCGGAAUCAUCAGAGAGGAUCCUGAUUUCGACGCGGACGCCGGUGUCCAGGUCGCGCUACGGUUUCCGUACGCCCCUGACAACGGCUGCUCCAAGGCACUCACGUCACCAAACGUGACCGUGCGGACGAGGGUCACAUCAGCGAGUUCGGAACUCGAUGAGGCGUUCGCGGAGGAGAUCGAGGAGAAUCCUUGGUUGUUGGAAUCGGAACACUCUGCUGUUUCGGAAGAGUCGGAAGGUUACGAGAGCAUGUCGCCGUCUCUGAAGAGUGCUUCUAGUGAGCACUGCACGGACGAUCGAUAUGAAGGGUUAGAGGGGAUUUAUAAGUUUCUGGAGGAAUGUGAUCGUGCGAGGGCGAUGAGGUUUUAAGGGUUUUUCCUUGCCUGUCGAGCGGUGAUUGGUGGAGGAUCUCUUUUGUAAUGAUAUCAGGUUAUCGGUGGGCUGAUGGUUGAUUCUCAUCAGCAGCCUACGAUAAGUGGGAGCAAGGGAUAUGAAUACGGGCCGGUCUGUUUUUUUUUUCUUGGAUGUUUUUGGUACAUAUGGCGUGUUAUUAGGAUACCUCACUCUCUUUGUCAUUUACAAUCAUCAAUGUUUCUUUGCUCCCCCACGCUACGGGAAAUCCACUACCUACUUCCAUGUACUCAUCAUAUGGCGGGCCCCGUUUGAACGGCUGUCAUGGAUUCCAUUUUAUUCCCAUUCAACAACCCAACAUGAUUUUUCCUGCAGCAUUUGAUAUGUGUUGCCUAUGGCACACUUUCUCCGUCCAGCAACCACUUCCUUGUCUCGCCACUGAUAUAUGAGCGACGAUAUUAACUUGGGUAUCUAUUCCGACAAAUGACUAUAUGGCAUUCAAU